GCUUCCUAGUUCCGACUAGUAUUUGAACGCGGCAUACGUAUGGAUAUGAAUUGACGCAGGGCCUGAUUUUGCUCGAGUUAUUGUACAAUUUGGUACAUGAAUAUAGAUAUGUUUUAUAUUUUCAACUUGGCCUUUUUGUUCCUUUUGCAUUCUCUAAGAGCAGAGGGAGGCUCAAAUGAACGCCAGUCAUUUGUGAAGGUAUUACUCACCGAAGACUCGCCGUCUUACCUCGAACUACCUGUGUUCCAGCACUCAAGGGGGCCGCUGGUAGACAAGGAACAUUUCUCUCCAGUCCGUGGAACUGGACAUGAACAAUUACCGGAUAAAGUUAGGAAAAUACUGAUCCCGGUGUACCCAACACAGAAGCCCGCUGGUCCAAAAAGUCAAGCCCGCGAAGUGAUAACACUUUGUAAGAUCAACAAGAUGUUCGUGCAGGUAAAGAAAAAUAUUUUGGGCUCCGGGGGUUCACCGUCUCAACUGACACUCGGAACAUGUCAAACCAAUAAAUCUACAAAAGAUUCCUUCAUCUUCGAAUACGACCUCGGCCUCUGUGGGAGCAAGCGCUCGCUAGUAAAUAAUCGUGUGGCCUACUCCAACACUCUCCGAUAUGACCCUCCGAAGCUCCAAGGGCCUAUCAGACGAGCUGCACCAUUCACCUUGCAAGUUGUCUGUCACUUCAACAGAUAUCAUUACUCCUACAAAAUAGGCUACAUGCUGAACGUGGUACACAAGGUCUCUAAACCAAUGAAGAACAGAACUCGUUCCAUGCUCACUGCACGUAAUGCUCAAUGGGAGAGACUUGCCCCAUCCGAUGGAUACUCUAUGGGAAAGCCCAUGUACUUUCAGGCUGAAGUGCCUUCCCUGUCUAAAGAUGGACGUCUCUAUUUCCUCUCGUGUAAUGUGACCAUUAAGCAGUCACACUCCUCUACGCCUCACUUUACUGUCAUUGAUAAUUUUGAGUAA